AUUACUGGAGAAGUUCUAGAAUUUAUUUCUAUUCCAAAGCCUGAUUUACCUCUAAAACCAGUAAUAAAGAAAGUUGAAGUUAACUCUAAUGAAAAACUGGCUAACCUCACACAAAAGCAAUUAAAAUUAUAUAUAGAUAGAGCUAUUAAAAAAGCUACAAA